AUGAAGUUCAACAUACUUCUCCUAUUGCUUGUGGGGGCCUGUUUGCCAUCGUUCUCCCAGGAGAUCAAGCCAAAGUCGGAACUUCUGCCAGGAGACGAAGCACCAAAAGAUCCAGAAGUCGCAUUUGCUGAAGGUGAACCAUUUGAACUCACUGAUGCACUAGACACACCAAAAAAUGGCACUGUUCCGGUCCCUGAGCCAGAGCCAAAGCCAGAGCCAGAGCCAGAACCAGAGCCAGAACCAAGUCCAAAAUCUGAGCCAGAACCAGAACCAACUCCAGAGCCAGAACCAGCCAUCAAAUUCGACAACAUCGAGUCUGAAGACUAUGGAGAUGUCGCUGAAGCUGUCGUUACUCAACCAGAUGAGCUCAACACCGAGGUCAUCGAGCAACUUGUAGACACUUUCUUGAAUACCGGAUCAAUUGCCCCAAAUAAGACCAAUAAGGGACCAGUUUAUGCCAACCCCGUCGCUCAAGCACUUGUGAACAGCAGCGAUUACUGGAAGGCCGACAAUCUUCAGGCGCCAGGAUCUAUCAAAGACGAGGAGAAACUUCGUUCCUGGCUGGCCGGAUACGAGGCAGAAGCCAUUAAGGUCCUUCGUGAAGUUGCUCUCUCCGGAUGGCGUUAUUUCAACGAUGCUUCCCCAUCCCUCAAGCUUGCUCUCGAUGAAGCUGAAAACGUUCUUACCAUGUUCGUCAAAAGCACGUCUAUGCAAGCCAAGCAAUUCGAUAAAGCAUCAGUGACCGAUGAAAGACUCAAGAGACAACUCGGAUAUGUUUCAUUCGAAGGAAUGUCCGCUCUUGCCCCAUCCCGAUUCGCCGAAUUCUCUCAAGCUCAAUCCACCCUUAACAGAGACUCCAAGGACUCGACCAUCUGUGAUAAGGAUGUGCCACCACCAUGUGCUCUUCAAAAAAUCGAUAUGGAUUCUAUCUUCCGCAACGAGAAAGACGCUUCUAGACUCCAACACUUGUGGGUUUCUUAUGUCACCGCUAUUGCUAAGAGCAAGCCAGCUUACAACAACAUCAUUGCUAUCUCCAACGAAGGAGCCAAGCUCAACGGAUUUGCCAAUGGAGGAGCCAUGUGGAGAAGUGCCUUCGAUACGCCUUCAAACAUGGCGGACCUAACCAAGCAAGUCGAGAAGAUCUACUCUACCAUCCAACCAUUCUAUCAACUUCUCCACGCUUACAUGCGUCGCCAGUUGGCAGGAAUCUACUCAAACCCAGCUGGACUUAGCAAGGACGGACCAAUUCCAGCACAUCUUUUCGGAUCACUCGACGGAGGAGACUGGUCUGCUCAUUAUGAACAAACCAAGCCAUAUGAAGAGGAAUCUGAGACUCCAGAAGCUAUUCUCGCCGCUUUCACAAGCCAAAACUACACUACCAAGAAGAUGUUUGUUACUGCAUAUCGCUAUUUCAAAUCUGCUGGAUUCCCACAACUUCCAAAGAACUUCUGGACCAGCUCUAUUUUCGCUCGUGUCUGGAGUAAGGAUAUGAUUUGCCACCCAGCCGCCGCUCUCGAUAUGCGUGCACCAAAUGAUUUCCGUGUCAAAAGUUGUGCUCAACUCGGAGAGCCAGAUUUCGAACAAGCUCAUUCUCUUCUCGUCCAAACUUACUACCAGUACCUGUACAAGGAUCAAUCUCUUCUCUUCAGAGAGCCAGCCUCUCCAGUUAUCACUGACGCCAUCGCCAGCGCUUUCGCCUAUCUUGCCACUAACCCACAUUACUUGUAUUCUCAGAAACUUGUUCCAUCCGACCAUUUAGACAUUAAGAACUCCGUGAUCAUCAACAAGCUUUACAAGGAGUCGCUCGAAAGCUUCACCAAACUGCCAUUCACGAUUGCCGCUGACAACUGGAGAUACGAGUUGUUCGAGGGCAAAGUGCCAAAGAACAAGUUGAAUGACAGAUGGUGGGAGAUUAGAAACAAGUAUGAGGGAACUCGCUCUCCACAACCAUACAACACUUCCAACUUGGACGCUCUCAUCCACAACUCUGUAUCUCAAGUCAAUUCCCCAGCUACUCGCUCUCUUAUCAGCUAUGUUCUCAAGUUCCAAAUCUUGAAGGCUUUAUGUCCAGAGGGAACUAUCUUGAGCGAAGGAUGCAUCUUGUCUGAGGAUACUACCGAGAAACUUCGUGAGACCAUGAAGUUGGGAUCUUCGAUCACUUGGUUGAAGGCUCUUGAAAUGAUCACUGGAAAGGGAGAACUCGAUGCUCAACCACUUCUCGAGUACUACGAGCCACUUAUCAACUGGCUUCGUAACACCAAUGAGAUUGAUCAAGUUGUCAUUGGAUGGGACGGAGAAGGAACUCCAUUCACUGUCGAAGAAAUUCCUAAGACCAGACAACCAGGAGAUGGAGGAAACGGACUUCCAAGUGAAGAUAGAGUUGCCUUCCCAGGAGGAGAAUGUGUUAACGGACAAGAAUGUCUUCUGGAUUCUCACUGCAACGGAACCAUCUGUGUCUGUAACGAAGGUCUCUUCACUUUGGAAAUCGGAAACACCUUCAACUGUGUGCCAGGAAAUCCAGCUGAUAGUGGAUUUGGAGAUGGAAAGGGAGGACUUGUCAUUGGACUCUUCAACAACGAAGCCACGACACCAGAGCCAGCUGCCGAGCCAGAACCAACUACAGUAACCAGCACAAAGAUGCCACCACGAGUGAGAUCGUCUGCUGCUCUUCCAACUUUCUUAUUGACUGUUCUACCAGUUUUCUAUUAUCUUUUAUAA